CCUCGUCACCGUCCGCCGUCACACGCAAUCGUGACUCGUGCGACGUACGUCGAUGUGUGUGCACGCGCUUGCCCGCCUCCGAUGAUGUCUCGUGGCGCAGCGUAAUUCUUUGCCCCCCCGAGUCUCGUUGCCGGAUCCUCCUCGCGUAAAAACGUCCGGGCUGCCGAGCGUUCUUGCAGAUUAGGUUCGGCGCUCUUUGCUGAGCGAGUAUGGAAUCAAUGGAUGCGCGUCUCGUAGCACAAGCGUUGAACUACCACGGCCAGCAGUUGCAGAAAGUGUGGGAAGGAGAGCGUAACGAAAAUGAGCUAGUCAUGCUCAAUCUCAAGGAUCCCAGCUUUGAGAUCUAUCAACAGCGACAAAAGACUCUCAGCUUUGGAGAUAGAGGCAAACGUCUGAAGCUUCAGCAGUUUCUCACUAAAAAGGCUGACGACCUAUACGAUAAAGCAAACUUGGAGAAAGCAGAUUCUAAUAAGCAGGAGCUGGGAGACGAAGAGUUUUAUGCUACAGUGCCUGCACUUGAUACUUUUGUCACCAUGGAGAAGUCCCAGCGUAUCCGCAACUUUUUAGAGAGUUUGGUAGUUGGGGAUGUAAUAUUCGCGCAAGUAAUGGGUAAAAGUGCCGCUGGUCUUCUUCUAAAGGUGCUUUGUAACUGCAGUGACUGUCCCAGAGUUGUUACUGAAUUAGGAGUUAAGGCACUAAUACUAAAUACGGCCACUGUGCCGGCGGUGGACAAGAAAGGUGUUACAAGAGGCUACAUGGCAAAUGAUCUCGUCUGCGUCGUAGUCAGUGAAGUUAACGUUGAGGCCGAACGAGUUGUCGCAGUUAUGAACGUACCUGCCCGGGAAGGGCAAGCACCACACCCAUCUAUGGGACUUAUCCAUUCCGAUGAUCUUCCAGAAGCCUAUAAGAAAGCGAUGGACAACAAAGGCCAGAGUUAUGAUACGCUGUUGGAGAAUAGUACUGGCUUCAACAAUCCAAACAACAUAAAAUAUCUGUGCGACUUAAUCGGUCUCGGACAAGACAAUCAUUCCAAUAUGGUUGGAUUGAGAGAAAGAUUUCCGCCGAAUGAGUACGCUUCUGAAUUGCGACAAGCGCAAGCGAGUAAGUGGGCAUUCCGAAGUGUUGCUGAGGGUAUAGAUCAUUUCAAGGCUGGUCGUCAUUCUGAAGCUUUCCAGUGUCUCAACAAGGCUCUUACUGUUGAUCCUCGCAAUGUUGAGGGUUUGGUCGCUCGAGGAGCAUUAUAUGCAAAUAGUGGAAGUUUCAAGAAAGCAAUCGAUGAUUUCGAGACAGCCUUGAAAUUAAAUCAAACACAUGCGAAUGCUCGUAAGUAUAUGGCGGAAACACUUGUUGCGCUUGGACGCAGCUACGAAGACGAGAAGAAGUACGAGGAUGCUCAAAAAGCGUAUGAGAACUGUUUGGCGAUUGCACCAUAUCACGAGGAAGCGCGAAAUUCCAUUGAAUACAUAAAAUCUAAGACUCUCACGGCGUCACUGAAUCCUCUGGACACCUUUAAGAGCUUCGAGACUGAAAAUGACGUUACAGAAAACAAAAAGGACAAAAAGAAACGCAAGAAGGAGAGAAAAUCUAGAUCGAAGAAGAGACAAAGAUGGAGUUCCAGCUCGAGCUCCUCAUCUACUGGAUCUUCGACCUCUUCGAGUUCAGAUUCGAGCAGCUCGUCAUCGUCGGGAAGCUCACGAUCGGCAUCGCGUUCGCCAAAUCGUAAACGCAAACAUAAGAAAGAUCAUCGCAGUUCGCUUUCACCGCUUAGCAAACGAAUGGCCCAGUAUAACAAUCCUCCGGCUGCAACUGCCACCACUCACGAUACUAUUGCACCGGCUUCUUACACCACAAAUACACGCGAGAAAAUGGAUGACUAUGAAAUCAAAGUGCGCAAAUUUCUUGAACAAACCAAGGAUGACUCUGAUUAUGAAGAUAAGGUAAGAAAGUUCUUGGAAGAGACGGCAAGAUGGAAGAGAGAAAGAGAAAAGGAAAAGAAACACUCUGAGAGCGAAAAAAUGAAGAAAAAAAAGAAGAAAGAAAAGAAGGGGAAAGAUAAGGAAAAGGAGGACAAGAAGAGUCGAAAGAAGAAGAAGAAAGAAGAGCGAAAAAAGCGUAAAAACAAAGACAAGCUCGAACGAGAUUUAGAAGCAUUGAAAAAGUCAUCUUUGCCGGAUUUGGAACAGUUAGAGUCCAAGCUUAAUGCUUAUUAUGCGAAAGUUGAGAAAGAUUGUGCGGCGCUUAAAAGGUAUGUAGCAACACAGUAUAAUGACAUACCUUCCCCUCUUAGCAACGCGGAGAAGCUCACUGAGAGUUCACGCAGGGAGGAGGAGCUGCGCAGAGAGAGGGAAAGGGAGAGAGAAGAAGCUUCGAAGGCAUAUCAUGAACGGGAAUCCAGGAUGCCGAUGACUGCGCAACAGAGAAAAGAAAUCCAGAGGAAGCCGCUCACAGACAUAUUUGAACAAGAAUCCCAAUUGAUUCAUCCUGAACCGAAACUCCCUACAUUAGACACCGCUGCAUUAAAUGCCAAGUGGAAAGCUGCGCAAGCUGCUAGACAAAAGGACAUUCCUUCGCAAAAGUGGCAAGAUGUCCCGUCAGAGAACAAGAAGCUACAGUCCAAUGUUUUCGUGGACAGCGACGAGGACGAUGAUAAUGAAUUGGAGGAAAGAUUGCAACGUGCGGCUCUUGAGAAAUCUUUAAACAUACGGAAGCAAAUGCAACGCGAACUCGCUGAGAAAAGAGCACCGCCGCCGCAGCCUACACCGACACCACCGCCGCUGCCGAAAGAGCCUCCGAUACCAAAGCAAGCGCCCGUCAAGUAUCCUACACCGCAACCACAGAAUAAAUUUCAAUCGUACAAGGAUUCUUCUAUGUCCGUGUCGCAAACUACACCGACAAAGUUUGGCUCUAGCAACAAUUUGGGCGGCAAGUUCCAACCGAUUGGUCAAAACAGCGGAACUGGACAUCCACCGGAGCCACCGCGUCCUCCGCCAAUAACAAAGACUCAAGCCAAAGGUCCGAGAACCGAUUCUGACAGCGAGAACGAGCGAGGUCAGCACCGACAAACGCCGAAGAAGCGCGAGUCGGGCGGCAGAGGCGUCAUGAGUAAGCGCAUGAGCAGGGACCGUCCGGCGAAACGUUCGCGUAGUCGAUCUCGCAGUGCUUCUAGUUCCGGGUCGUCUAGAUCACGAUCGCCAAGACGUAGUCGCUCGCGUUCGUACUCGAAUCGACGAUCCGGCAGCUACGAGAGGAAAUACAGCAGAUCUCCUUCGGGCACGUACAGCAGAUCGCGAUCACGCUCCCGAUCCAGAUCGUACAGCAGAAGUCGCAGUCGUAGUCGGUCGGGCGAUCGAGGCUACUAUCGCAAGAGGCAAUUCCGACCGUAUAACAAUCGCGGCACGUACUACAAGCCACGCUUCCAGGGCUUCAACAAUCCGAAUCACCGUGGCGGUGGCAACAAUUUCCAGAAUCGAAAUCGCUUCUACAACAAUCAACACAACAAUCGUUUCGGUAAUCGUCGCGGCGGUGGUUUCAAUCGCGGCGGUCGUGGCGGCCGCGGUAAUCGCGGCGGUAGAUUCUUUCACAACAAACCAGGCUUCCGUGAUUUCCGCGACAGACGGGACUUCAGGGAUCGCCGACCCUCGUCGCGCGAUCGAUACAGCGAUCGCAGCUACUCGCCCGAUCCGAUGAGGAAGGUUGACGAAGCGAAGGAGAAGAUUAACAAGAUGCUCGAAGGAGGCGACGACGUUGAACAUCAACAGGGUGGUAGCGGCAGCUCGACCGUGCCACCUAACAAGAGACAAGCCGGGCCCUUGAGCGAAGGAGAAGAGAGGGACGAUGACGACUAUGAGAGAUGGGGAGAGGGAGAGGGGGGCGAUGCAGCCAGCACCAAGAAUGAAGGGGUCGAACCUGUCGACGAUAACCUGGACGGCAAGGAGUUCUUCAUUGAGCGCAUGAAACAGCGAAGCAAGAACGUUUUAAUGCAGAGAGCCAUUGCAGCUAAGAUUUGGUAGCUAAAAUCUGUUACCGCCACCGACGCUGCCUCUCUGUGAUAGUAGCUUUCUUUCCAACGCCUGUACUCUGGGUAGUCGACAUGACGCCAAUUAACACGAGGCACAUCGAGCCACUCAUAGCUUUAGUGUCGAUCUCUUCUAUUCUCACAAAUAACUAUUUAUAUAAUGGUUGAAAAUACUAUUUUCUAGAUGUUAUUUUAAUUUUGUUUUCAAUGAAUUAAAAGUUAGUCUGAUUUAAAUGAUGAAUCGAACUAAUUAAAAGAAUUGAUGAAACUACGUACAAUCAUGACUAUUACAGAUUCUCUUAUUCAAUUUUUUUGACACUUCAAGAAAUAAUUCUUAAAAUAAUUCUUAAAUAAUGAGUGAAAAAACUUAUGUCAUUAUAUGUUAUAAAUAUUUAAUUUAAAUGUUUAGUUAAUUAUAUUCAUAUUCCUAUAUAUAAUGGAAUUAUAUAGUUCUGAAUUUAUUAAUACGCAAGGUACUCGAUUAAAAGACUACACAUAUAGAACAUAAUUGGCAAGUGGCUUUUCAUUAUCAUUUGUCAUUGAAAAAACGGAUAUCUCCUUUUCUUUAUAUAUAAUGUAUAUUUUGAUUUUAGAAAACAUUCAGAACUAAAUUGAAAUGACAGAAAUUAUUUAAGGGGAAGAUGCAUUUCCGUUUUAAAAGUUCCCCGCAAAAUCUAGCAAAUCAUUGCUCAUAUAUUCGAAUGCCUAGUAAAACUCAUUUUGUCUAUCGUAAUUAUCGUAAUAAUUACAGUAAUUCUUGUAAUAACUGAAAACAAAACUAGCGAUGCAAACUUCUUUAGCUCGAAUAUCUUGAUAGAACUUUGUUGAUAGAAUGUUGUCAAAAAAAAAAAAAAAAGAUUAUUGAGCUCCUUAUUGCGAUUGUCUACUUUGAGCUAAUACGAGCGAUUUUAUUAUGGAAUAAAAUACUUAUGUAUGUUGUAUGUAAACGAGUUGGCUGUACAAUUGAACACAAAUAUAUAACACUACAAAAAAUUACAAAA